UUGGAGUCUUCGUCCUUCAGAUUUUCUCAGGGUUUUUUAUUCUUUGCGUUUCAGCUGUGGAAUUUAGGGUUUCUGUGGUGAGGUCAAUUUUAGGUUUUAUUUUUGCGUUCACCGUUUCUGUGGGAUAUUUAUGAAUUUAGAGUUGUUUAUUCGAUUUGAGUAUAUCAAUCAGGGGUUUUAACAAGCACUUGGUGCUGUUUUGACGAUCUGAAACAAUGCCUCCACGGACUGUGAAGAGAGGAGGAGCGGCAGCUGGGUCGAAGAGGGCCCUUAGAGCCUCGAGAGGGGCAGCCAAGGGACAAAAUCAGCAACCGGAAGUUGCAGAAGAGACGCCAAAAACAGAGGAAAGGCCGGUCGUUGAUGAAAAGCCUCCUGUGGAGGAGAAACAGCUUUUUGAGAACAAGCCAAUUACAGAAGAAAGGCCAGUUGUAGAAGGUGAAGGUGGAGCCAAAUUAGACGUCAACGGCUCGGCUUCUUUGAAAAAAGGGGAAGAUGUUAAGGAAUCUGUUGAUGAGUAUGAAAAAGAUGAGCGGUUGGAGCUUGAUGAUAACGAACCUGAAUAUGAAGCUGAAGAAUAUGGUGGGGUGGACUAUGAUGAUAAAGAAAUUGAACAAGAGGAUGUUCAGGUGGAGGUGGAGGUGGAGGUGGGUGAUGAAGUGGAGGAAGAACACGAGGAUCAUGUAGGUGAAGAAGAAGAGGGUGAUCUGGUGGAGGAGGAAUUGGAAGAUGUUGCUGAAGAACUUGAGGGUGAAGAGGAUGAUGAGCAUGCCGGUGAAGAGGCAGAUCAUGCUGAGAUGGUAGAUGGUGAGGAAGAGGAUCACCAUGAUGUUUUUAAGGAGAGACGCAAGCGAAAGGAGUUUGAAGUAUUUGUUGGAGGUUUAGACAAGGAUGCUACAGAGGAUGAUCUUCAGAAAGUGUUCAGCCGAGUUGGUGAGGUUACUGAAGUCAGGUUGAUGAUGAAUCCCCAGACCAAGAAGAACAAAGGAUUUGCCUUCUUGCGAUUUGCAACCGUGGAACAAGCAAAAAGAGCUGUUACAGAGCUAAAAAAUCCAGUGAUCAAUGGGAAACAAUGUGGUGUUACUCCAAGUCAAGACAGCGACACUCUUUUCUUGGGUAAUAUUUGCAAGACUUGGACAAAAGAAGCUUUGAAAGAGAAGCUAAAACAUUAUGGAGUCGAGAAUGUUGAGGAUUUGACACUGGUAGAUGAUAGUAACAAUGAGGGAAUGAAUCGGGGGUUUGCCUUUUUGGAAUUUUCAUCUCGUUCAGUUGCCAUGGAUGCUUUUAAGCGUCUUCAGAAGAGGGAUGUUCUAUUUGGGGUUGAUAGGCCUGCAAAGGUUUCAUUUGCAGAUUCAUUCAUUGACCCUGGUGAUGAAAUCAUGGCGCAGGUCAAGACUGUAUUUAUUGAUGGCCUGCCCGCUUCAUGGGAUGAGGAUCGUGUUAGGGAGCUGUUAAAGAAAUAUGGGGAGAUUGAAAAGAUUGAGCUUGCCCGGAAUAUGCCAUCUGCCAAGAGAAAGGACUUUGGUUUUGUGACAUUUGAUUCUCAUGAUGCUGCAGUUACUUGUGCUAAAAGCAUUAAUAAUGCAGAGUUGGGUGAAGGAGAAAACAAGGCUAAAGUUAGGGCCCGGUUAUCAAGACCACUUCAGAGAGGAAAAGGAAAGCAUGCAAGUCGUACAGAUUUCCGAGCUUGGUAUGGGGGUAGAGUUGCUAGAGGUCCAUGGGUUCGUCCAACAAGAGGAAUUGCAAGUCGUGCUGCACCAGCCAGUGUAAAGAGGCCUAUAGGAUUGAGAGAUAGACGCCUACCUGUGAUGUCAAUGCCUGCAAGAGGCAGGCCUUUGCCGCCUCCUUCCAGGUCCUAUGAUAGAAGAGCACCCGCUUCAUCUUACCCGAAGAGUAGCUUAAAGAGGGAAUAUAGUCAGCGUGAUGAACUUCCUCCUCCAAGGAGCAGAGCUCCUGUGGAUUAUGGGUCUAGGGCCAUUCCAGAGAGACGGCCAUCUUCCUAUAGAGAUGAUUACUCCUCACGUGGCUCUGGCUAUUCAGAUUUUCCUAGAGGCACAUCUCGUACUUCAGCAAGGAGAGCAUAUGUAGAUGAUGGCUAUGGUCAAAGGUUUGAGAGGCAUCCUCCAAAUUACCGUGAAGGACGUGCGCGUGAUUAUGACUCUAUUUCUGGGUCAAAACGUCCAUAUUCAUCAAUGGAUGAUGUUCCUCCACGUUAUGCUGAUGCUGGUGCUCGCCAUUCAAGGGCUCGAUUGGACUACGAACUUGGCCCUGGUUCUUCUCAAUACGGGGAGGCAUAUGGUGAUAGAAUCAGCAGACCCAAUGUAGGAUAUGGUGGCAGCAGAAGUUCAAUUUCCGGUCAGGAUUCACAUGGGCUAUAUAGCAGCCGUCCGGGCAUGGGUUAUGGAGGUUCUUAUGGUGGCAGUGAUGUUGGUAGUAUGUACCACCCAUCAAACUAUGGUGGUGAUUACAUGUCCCGUGGCAGUGAUGUUGGUGGUAGGUCUUAUUCAUCAAUGUACUCCAAUCGUGGCAUGGGUGGCAGCAGUUACAUGGGUUCUGGUGGGUCAGGAUCAUACUAUUGAUAUAUUGCCAUCUCUUUUGAUUCCUAAGAGGUGUGAUUGGACAAAAAAGGCACGUGUGGUCACAAGUUAAUUUGUCUAUGGAACAGAUUUGACAUGACAAAGAGGCUGCUAUAGGAUGUGGACUAUUUGAAGCUUAUGAAUAAUGAUGCUUACAUUUUUGGAGACAGCAUGUUGUCGAGCAUAGUAGCCUCUAUAUGUUGUGGAAAAUGUUUGAGCUUAAAGUUCUUUGGUAAAGAAAGGGCAGCUUUGGUUCAAAUCUUUUUUUUUUUAAGAUCUGCAGACUGGAUAUUUGUCAAGUCAUAGGCUCUGAUGAUGUAAGGAAAAUUUCACUCCUUUAGGGAUGAAAACUGGGAUUGCUUAGUAUAUGUAUGAAUUUGAUCUUUUGUUCUCUAUAUAUAUCUUUAAGAUGGAUGUGGGAAGUCAUGCUGCGUCAACUGUUUUUAUGGACAACAUGUUAUUGAGAAUUUGAGAUAUAUGUAAGGAUUUUGGAUA